UCGCGGCCCCGGCCGCGACCGGCGCCCAUCCGGCCGCGCGGUCCCCAGCAACAGGUGAAGAGGCCGCCGACCCGCGGCGCCUCUGCGGGGCGGUCCUUCUCCCUCCCGCCUCGCGCCCGCCCCUCUCCACGCCCCCUCCCCUCCUCCCGGCCUCCGCCGCGGCGCUCGGCGGCCCGGCGGUCUCCCCUGGCGCCGUCUCCUUCUCCUCCCGGGCCCCAGCGCAGCCCGAGAGCCCCGCGCCGCGGAGCGAGGGGCGCCGAGCGCUCGCACGACACGCGCCGCGGCGCCACCGGCCCCGGGGGGCGCCCCCAGGCGCGCCUCCCUCCUCGCGCCCGCCGCGCUCCCCUCCCCCGCCGCCGGCGGCCCCCGGGCUCCGGGCCGCGCGUCCGGCCCCCGACGCGCUGGGGGUCUCCGGGGAGGGGCCGGCCCCGCCGAGAGGCGCGGCGAUGGAGGAGCCGCAGCGCGCCCGCUCGCAUACCGUCACCACCACUGCCAGCUCCUUCGCCGAGAACUUCUCCACGAGCAGCAGCAGCUUCGCCUACGACCGGGAGUUCCUCCGCACCCUGCCCGGGCUCCUCAUCGUGGCGGAGAUCGUUCUGGGACUGCUGGUGUGGACACUUAUCGCCGGAACCGAGUACUUCCGGGUCCCUGCUUUUGGCUGGGUCAUGUUUGUAGCCGUGUUUUACUGGGUCCUCACCGUCUUCUUCCUCAUCAUCUACAUAACAAUGACCUACACCAGGAUCCCGCAGGUGCCCUGGACAACAGUGGGUCUGUGCUUUAAUGGCAGUGCCUUCGUCUUAUACCUCUCGGCCGCUGUGGUGGAUGCCUCUUCUGUCUCCCCGGAGAGGGACAGCCACAACUUCAACAGCUGGGCAGCCUCAUCGUUCUUCGCCUUUCUGGUCACCAUCUGCUAUGCUGGGAACACAUACUUCAGUUUUAUAGCUUGGCGAUCCAGAACCAUACAGUGAUUGGCCAUUUUGAGAAUUAAAAGGGAGGGAGAAAACACGAAGAAUCUCCUUGUAAAAACGAAAACAAAAAACCCGACAAACUGUAGGUAUGAUGUAUAUUUCCAGAGAAUUGUAUUUGACUAAUGUUUUUAUAUACCUAGUUAAAUUUGCUCGCGGCAGUUUGUUACAAUUAAACUGGAUACUUAUCUGCAGUUUGCUGUAGCUUGUAACGAACUCUUCAAUAUCUUGCGGAUGUCUUCACAGACCUUAUUUUCUUAGAUAAUGUAUAAAUAGAUAAAUUGCUAAUAUCAAGACUGUGUCAAGUUUAUCAACCUAACUUUUCAAAUGCUAGACUCUUUUCUGAUUAAAUGUUUCAAAAUCCC